AUGUCAAACUCAGUCCUUCCCUUCGACUUGACCAAAUCCCUGAUCGCUCUUCUCUGUUUCUCACAACUCCUCAGCCUCAUGGCCUAUUCGAUUGAUGGCCACAAACUCCGACGACACUCCCAGCCCAUUCUAAUCCCCAAAAACGACCAACUCGACCCCACAAGGCAACAAGCUCAGAUGCCCCGGAACUUCAACGAAAUCAGCCGCGGCACCAUGGAAUUCAUUAAGAAGACGAGGAGGGUGAGGAAUCAAGGCCCGCAGGUGAUUAACAUGCCCUUCCAUUCGGCGGGCUUCAGCUCGGCCAUGAGGAAAGUGCUGUUCCCAACGGACAUCUUCAACAUUCCCUCGUUUACGCUGAACUGA